UAUAAAUCUCAUAAAAUACGUUAUAACUAUAUACUAGCUUCAUGAUAAUUGAUUUCUAGAAAAAUUCCAGAGUUCUCUGCUACAAAAGAAUGAACAUGCCUUGCAGUAAAUUCUUUGUUUUUUUUCAGUUUGUCUGUCUUCUGUGCUCUCUGAUCAAUUUGAUAAAUGCAACCGAUCCAUUUUACCUUUAUCACAUUUGCCCAAACACUUCUACUUUCACUAGGAACAACACUUAUCAAACCAACCGGAAUCUUUUGUUCACUUCGCUUUCUUCCCAUGUCAAUCGUAACGGUUUCUUCAAGGCCACCGCAGGCGACGACCCCAACAAGGUCUACGGCCUCUUUCUUUGCCGGGGUGAUCUCAAUUCCACAACCUGCCAAGAUUGUAUCAAUUUUGCCACUUUGGAUGUAACUAGACAUUGCCCUGUUCAGAAAGGAGCAAUAAUAGGCUAUGAAGAGUGCCUUUUACGUUAUUCAAAUGGGCCUUUCUUCUCUACAGUGGAUGAUGACGGGGGUGUUAUGAUGACUAAUGUAGACAGCGUUUCAGAAGCAGUCCGGUUUAGUGAGCUGGUGAAGAGAAUGAUGAACGAGACGGUAACUCGGGCUGCAAAUUCUCCGAAAAGGUUCAUGACGAAAAGGGGAAAUUUCACAUCCUCCCAAUCACUGUACUGUCUUGCACAGUGCACACAGGACCUUUCAAGUUUUGACUGUAAGACAUGUCUUCAACAAUCUAUUUCACAGUUGCGGACGACGCAGCAAGGAGGAAGAAUGCUGUAUCCGAGUUGUUAUAGCCGGUAUGAACUUUACCCGUUUUAUACUCAAAACGUGACUGCGUCUCCAGCAGUGCCUCAAUCUCCUCCGCCUCAUGCUUCUGUGACAAGACCUGAAGGAAGAAGCCGAAUCUCAACUUCAAUAAUCAUUGCCAUCAUUGCUUCAAUUGCUGUCGCUGUGGUGCUUUCCAUUGCGAUAUAUCGUCUCAUAAGUAGGAGAGCAAUAAAGAAGAAUAGUGAUAUACAGGAAGAUGAUUUUGGGAAUGACAUUACAAAGGCCUUGCAAUUUGAUUUUGGGGCAAUUAAAGUAGCCACAAACAAUUUUUCAACUGAUAAUAAGCUGGGUGAAGGUGGAUUUGGUGAGGUUUAUAAGGGCAUACUUCCUAAUGGACGAGCCAUAGCCGUAAAGAGGCUUUCGAGAAGAUCCUGCCAAGGUUCUGCAGAAUUCAAGAAUGAAAUCGUAUUGGUAGCCAAGCUCCAACACAGAAAUUUGGUUAGGCUGAUGGGAUUUUGCUUGGAGGGAGAAGAAAAGAUUCUUAUAUAUGAAUUUGUUCCCAACAAAAGUCUUGACUAUUUUUUAUAUGAUCCUAAAAAGCAAGGACAAUUGGAUUGGUCAACACGCUACAAGAUAAUUAGAGGCAUUGUUCGAGGGUUGUAUUAUCUUCACGAGGAUUCUCAGCUUAAAAUUAUUCAUCGUGAUCUCAAAGCUAGCAAUGUAUUGUUAGACGAGAAUAUGAACUCCAAAAUUUCCGAUUUCGGCUUGGCGAAAAUAGUUGGAGUUGAUUCAUCCCAAGUACAUACAAACAAAGUGGUUGGGACAUAUGGUUACAUUUCACCAGAAUAUGCUAUACAUGGGCAGUGUUCAGUGAAAUCCGAUGUGUAUAGCUUCGGAGUUCUAGUUUUAGAGAUCAUUACUGGCAAGAAGAGCAACAAAUUCUAUCAAACAGAUGGUGCUGAGAAUCUCAUGAGCUACGCUUGGAAACACUGGAGAGAUGGAACACCUUUGCAAUUGUUGGAUUCUACUCUGUCAAAUUCUUAUUCAAGAGACGAAGUGAUCAGAUGCGUCCAUGUGGGGUUGUUAUGUGUCCAGGAAGAUCCAACUGAGAGACCAACAAUGGCAACAAUCGAUCUCAUGCUUAAUAGUUACUCUGUUACUCUUCCAUCACCUCAGCAGCCGGCGUUUUACCUCGGCACUAGAAGGGAGGUGACCAUGCCACCAAACAAGCCCUGCUCUGUGUAUGAAGAAUCCAUUACUGAAUUAUAUCCUCGAUAAUGGGGGAUGACUGCUGAGCUUGUGCUUCAAGAAUCAAGAUUUUGUAUAAUAUGGUUAACUCGCAUGUACGCUAACAAACAAUAAAAAAGAAAAGAUCUAAGAUGCAUGAUAAAAGUGCAGAAGAUUUCCAUAGUUCCCUGUUACAAAAGAAUCAAAAUGCCUUUCCUUGAAUUCUUUCCGUUUGUCUAUCUUCUAUGAUUUCUUAUCAGUUUGAACGUUGUCGUGUUUUGCCCACCUCGACCGAUAUCUAUCAGUCCAACGUCAAACUUUUCCUCUCCAAUAGCGGCAGCAAUCUUUUGUUCACUUCAGCCUUUCUUUUGUACCGUGAACGAUGAUUACAACGUUUCGAUGUUUAAUACAAGGAACGCUACAGAAGCAGUCCGGUUUGACAAGCCGGCGAAGAGUACGAUGAACGAAAGUGCAACGCAGGCUGCAAAUUCUCCCGACAAGUUGAUGGCAUCAAAGGGGAAAUUUCACAGCCUCGUAAUCACUGUACUCUCUAGUCCAGUGCACGCAGGACCUUUCCAGUUUUGAUUGUAAUCGAUGUCUUCACCACUCCAUUGCAGAAUUGCAAACUACAAAAGUUGGAGGAAGAGCUCUGAUAAGUGAGAAAUACAUUUAGGAGAUGGUAAAAUUUGUCUCACUUUUUUGAGGUUAUAAUGUAUAUGCGAUGGUAAAAGA